AUGCCCAAACGAAAUUUCGCCCACUCAAACGAGGAGGUUGUUUCCAAAAGAUGUCGUUUUUCCAUCGACGAAAUUUUGAAUUCCACCAACAACUCGGCGGUUGAAGAAGAAGAGACCAAGCUGGAUGAGGAAACGACGGACAGACGACGAGAGGAGACGUGGGUGCCCCCGGGCAAUUCGGCCAGUUUGGAGGGACUGAAUUGUCGAUUGGAAGGGAAGGAAAUGUGGGCUCAGUUCUACAAAUUGGGCACCGAAAUGAUCAUUACCAAGUGCGGAAGGUGAGAAAAUAAUUUUGAAAAAAUCUUGUGAUUUUUUGAUCACUUAAUUUUUUGGUUUUUGAAAAAAAUUGCACUGUGCAAAAUCAUAGGCUUUUUUCAAUCAGAAAACUGCACUGUGCAAAAUCAUAGUCUUUUUUUUUGAUUAGAAAACUGCACUGUGCAAAAUUACAGGCUUUUUUCAAUUAGAAAAUCGCACUGUGCAAAAUUAUAGGCUUUUUUCAAUUAGAAAACUGCACAGUGCAAAGUCAUAGGCUUUUUUCAAUUAGAAAACUGCACUGUGCAAAAUUGUAAGCUUUUUUUCAAUUAGAAAACUGCACUGUGCAAAAUCAUAGGUUUUUUUCAAUUAGAAAACUGCACUGUGCAAAAUUGUAAGCUUUUUUUAAUUAGAAAACUGCACUGUGCAAAAUCAUAGGCUUUUUUCAAUUAGAAAACCGCACAGUGCAAAGUCAUAGGCUUUUUUCAAUUAGAAAACCGCACAGUGCAAAGUCAUAGGCUUUUUUCAAUUACAAAACUGCACAGUGCAAAAAUUACAGGCUUUUUUCAAUUAGAAAACUGCACUGUGCAAAAUCAUAGGCUUUUUUUCAAUUAGAAAACCGCACAGUGCAAAGUCAUAGGCUUUUUUCAAUUACAAAACUGCACAGUGCAUAAUUAUAGGCUUUUUUAAAUUAUGUAGAAAACUGCACUGUGCAAAAUCGUAAGCUUUUUUCAAUUAGAAAACUGCACAGUGCAAAGUCAUAGGCUUUUUUUAAUUAGAAAACUGCACUGUGCAAAAUUACAGGCUUUUUUCAAUUAGAAAAAUGCACUGUGCAAAAUUAGGAUGGUUUCACCAAAAAAUUGAUAAAAACUAAACGCAACUUGAUUUUUCAAUUUUCUAACGCGUUUUCAAAGAUUUUACGAAGCUUUUGGGCUGAAAUUUGCAUAAAAGUUGCGGUUUUUUUUGCAAAAUCCAGGCUAAAAAUUUCACAUAAGUCUUAGAAAAAAUACUGAUUUAAAUUUGCCCAGAAAUUCACCAAAAUCCGCGCAAAAUGUUUCUUUCCGAAAAUCUACAGUAAUCCCAAUGUUUUGUUUUCCCCCUCAAAAAAACCCGUAAAACUCCAAAUUGGUGGUGAUUUUGAAUAAUUUUACUACUUCGUCGGCAGUUAUUACAAAUUGAGUAAUUUUGAAUUUUAAAAACUUGUGACAGCUGCCCCAGAGUCAGAAAGUUUAAACGCGCGAAAUUGCUCCCAUAGGAGCGAAGAAAAGAGAGCUAAAGGUCGACGCGAAAUGUCGUCGAAUGGACAAGUUUUUUUUUCCAGGGCAUACUAUAGACGUCAUGUUUACAACUUGUAACAACAAAAAAAAACUUUGUGUUGGCCAGUUUUGUCGAUAAAAAGUUAGAGUACUAAAAUUGGGCUGAGCCGGUAAUCGAAACCGGGACCUCUCGCACCCGAAGCGAGAAUCAUACCACUAGACCACUCAGCCACGCGGUCCGAGAGCCUUUGGAAUGCGCUAAUUGGAGCGGGAUGUGGCCAAAAAGGGACGGAUGAAGAAAAAAACAAAAAGAAAAAUAAAUUUCGAAAAAGCGAAUGAAAGCGCAAGGUUAAAAUUUCAAUUUCGAAAAUAUCAAUAGCACGGCAUUCUGUUCUUUUGGAACACAACCGAUCUCCGCGACUUUUUCAAUUUUUUUUCGGAAUGCGCUUGCUUUUUCUCUCAAUAUCUCGCUAGCCGUUUGCGCUAGAAGGCUGAAAUUUUGUAUAGCAGUAGUGUAAAAAGCUGGAUUUCAGAAAAUAUAUAUAUUGUAAGGAACCACGCAGUAGUUUUGCAAUAGUAAAUAAAAAUGCGAAAAAGUCCGUAAAAUUGGAGGGGUCAGGAAAAAAGCAUUUUUUUGAAUAAAAUGCCUCGAGCGAUUUUUAUGAAAUUUGGCCUAUAUGAUUCAUGUAUGUUACAUACCAAUUCCUGAAAAAUUUUAGCUUCCGGUUUUAAGGGGCAGUCGAGAUAUUAAACGAUCUUUGCGGUCGAGAGACUACAGAAAAUGAGGAGAGACGGUCGAACAAAAAACUUUGUUGGUCGUAUCUUUUGAUACUUCGAUGAUAAAAAAUUGAUUUUUUGCAUAAAAACGAUGUUAUUCAUUACAAAGAGACUGUAUAAUUUUUAGGCUCAAGUUUUAAAAAAAUAAUAAUUUUCAAUCAAAAAAUCUUUUUUUUAUUUACAGGGGAAGUACUCCAAGUGCGACGCUCAGAUUUUGAUGAAACUUGGCACAAAUUUAGAAUGAUUUUUUCUAAGAUAUAUGCGAGAAUCCUAGCUCGCGCUUUGCAGAAACAACCGAGAUUUUUAGAUCGAAAGUCGGCGAAAAUUUAGGACUUUUUGCCGAAUUUCGGCACGAAAAGUUUCAUGCCUAUUUCUACCGUAAAGGAUAAUGUUUCUACAAAAAAUCAAAUUUUUCCGCACGAAACUGCCAAAGUUAUGGCCAAAAAAGGGCGUUCCUCUCUGACCGCUCUCCACGUUUAGCGUGCUCUCUCGGCGGCAAAGAUCGUUCGAUAUCUCGGCGGAGCCCGCAAAGCGCGAGCUAAAACUUUCAGGAAUUGAUAUUUAGUCCAUACCCGACGUGUGCGCAAAGUUUAAAGAAAAUCUGAGCGUCGCACUUGGAGUUCUUCGCCUGUUAGUAAAUUAAAGAGUGAAAAGUCCCGAGAAUUCCACAGAAAUCAUCAAAAUCACCAUUCAACUGCAUAAGAACAAAAAUCAUCAAGAUUAUCGAAAAAAUUUUAGUAUUUAUCACAUUUUCAGACGGAUGUUUCCAACAGUAAAAGUUCGACUCGAGGGUUGUGAGCCUCAUCACCAAUACUACGUGUUUUUGGAUGUGAUCCCGGUGGACGAUCAUCGCUAUCGCUACAUGUAUAACAAAUCCUCGUGGCAGACGUGUGGAAAAGCCGAGCCUUCGCCGCAAAGUCGGCUUUAUUUGCAUCCUGACUCACCUCACGAUGGACGGGGCUUGGAUAACAAUAUCAUAACGUUUGAGAAGGCCAAACUGACCAAUAAUGCGGACGAUUCGAGGGUCGGACAUGUAGGUUAUUUUCGUAGUGCUGUAAAGUAGUACUUUUUUUAAAAUUUUCAUAAAUGCUCGAUUUAGGGGUUUUCGAUAGUGCUGAUUUCGAAAAUGACAUUCAUUUUUUUUUUUGAUUGUUACUUUUUUCCUUAAGUGGUACUGUAAAGUAGUAAUUUUUUGAUCUUUUUUCAUAAAUAUUCGAUUUAGGGGUUUUCAAUAGUGCUGAUUUCGAAAAUCACCUUAACUUUUCCUGUAGUACUAUUUAGUACUACCUGAUACUAUAUAGUACGAGAUAAAAAUAUGGCCUUUGGCGUUAAUGGCGUUGUUUUGAUGCUUAGUACUCUUCAAAAACACUUUUUAAAAACUUGGUGCUAUUUAGUACUACCUGAUACUAUAUAGUACGAGGUAAAAAUAACAUCACUAGGCACCAGAACAACACCACUAACUCAUAAAAAAAGGCCAAAUUUUCACCUCGCACUACAUAGUAUCAGAUGGUACUAUAUAGUACUGUAUGAAAGUUAACAUGAUUUUCGAAAUCAGCACCAUCGAAAACCCCUAAAUCGAGUAUUUAUGAAAAAAAAUAAAAAAUGAAUGUCAUUCCAAUCGUUCAACUUAAAACAAAGCUUUCGUAUAACGAAUUCAAAAAUAUAAAAUGAUUUUUUCACUGAAAAUCACAUCAUUUCAGCUGGUCCUCAACUCGAUGCACAAAUAUCAGCCCCGUGUCCACGUGGUGGUCAGAAAAAACCGCUCAGCUCCGUUAGACAUGAAUCAUCCAGAUUUCGACAUCCGAAAAGAAGAAUACAAAACCUUCGUCUUCGAUGAGACCAAGUUUAUGGCCGUCACAGCGUAUCAAAACCAGCUGAUAACGAAAUUGAAAAUCGAAAAAAACCCGUUCGCCAAAGGAUUUCGGGAUCCCAAUGGAAGAGGCAACGAUUUCAGCGAUUUGUAAGUGAUUUUUAGAAAUUUGGAAAGCGUUUUUGAUGGGAAAGCAUUUUUGCGAAAAAGUCCAAUCAGAAAGCAUUUUUGCGAAAAAGUCCAAUCAGAAAGCAUAUUUGCGAAAAAUUCCGAACAGAAAACAUUUUCUCGAAAAAAAUCCUAACAGAAAGCAUUUUUGAGAAAAAAAUCCUAACAGAAAGCAUUUUUGCGAAAAAUAUUGUAUUAAAAUUUGGAGAGCAUUUAUUGGGAGAAAAGCAAAACAGAUUUUAAAAGUUAUUAUUUUUUUGAAUGGGAAAGCAUUUUUGCGAAAAAUUACGAUCAGAAAGCAUUUUUGCGAAAAAUAUUAUGUUGAGAUUUGGACAGCAUUUUCAAGCAAAAAAGAUUUUAAUAGUUAUAUUUUUUUGAAUGAAAAGCAUUUUUGCGAAAAAAUUGGGAAAAAGCGUUUUUGCCAAAAAAAUGGGAAAAGCAUUUUUGCGAAAAAAAUUUUUGUUUAUUAAUCUAUUCCAGAUUCGGCUCUCCUUGCCCAGCAGAGCCCCCAAAUUUUUUGAAUGUGCUGCGAUUGGCCAUGAUGUCGUCAAUGUUUCCACAAAACGGCCUAUUGUUGCCGACGAUGUGCCCGCCAACCAACGAAAUGGCCGCUCAAUGGCAAAUGAGUCAAAAUCUGAAUCGAUUCUGUUUGCCGAUUGAGGAGGGAAAGAAUGUAGGUUGGUUUGGUGUGUUCACAACUCAAAGCUCUAUUUUGGAUUUUUUUUCAUCACUAAUUUUUCAGCUCGAAUGCAAGCCCUCCACAUCCAACCCGUCCACACCCACUGACAAUGAAACAAACGUCUCCGUGGACGACGUGGACGAUCAGAGUUCAAUAGCGACAGUCAAAACGGACGCUACCACAUAG